AUGGAGACUGCGGAAAUUGCUUUCUACCUGGUUAGCAUUAUCAUUUCAUCUUCUGGAAUAUCCUGUAACAUACUCAUGGCAGCUGCCAGCUACAGGAUCUGGGUAACUGAUGGAUUUAGCAAUCCUCGAGAUCUAAUUAUAUUUUACAUUGGACUGUGCAGCGCGUUAUUCCAGAGUUUUUACAUUUCUCUUUAUGUAUCAUACUUGGUGUGGGCAGACAUGUUGUCAACAUAUAAUGUGUGUACAAUCAUUAUUAAUGUGGUGUUUGCAAUCUUCAUCUGCACCGUUUCCCUGACGUCAUGGCUGUGCUCCUUCUACUGCAUCAAGCUUGUCUCCUUCCAGCACCGGAUAAUCCUAUUCCUGAAGACGGGACUCCCCACAAUGAUUCCCUGGAUAAUAGGAGGAACCCUAGGGAUGUGCGGAUUAUUACUGGUCUUACUGCUUGGUGUCAUCUUUAUGUCAGUUCCUCUAGAUAAUACAUAUAACAGCACAUCUUACUGUACAAGAGUCAGUGAUGAAUAUAACAGCAAUGUUCUGGAUAUAGUAUACAGAGCGUAUUUCCUGAUAAUAUUCCCUUUCCUCCUGAUCCUUAUAUCACUGGGCUGCACACUCGCACCUCUCAUUAUACACAUCCGGAGGGUACAGAGGUCACCAAGCCUGGAUAAUUCCCACCUAAAAGCUCACAUCACUGCGGCCAAAACCAUGAUCCUGCUCCUAGUGCUGAAUGUCGCAUUUUUUACAUCGCAGGUUCUCUGGAAUGAGGUCUGGUUGUCCAUGUCUUCUCCUUUAUACUGGAUAUAUGGGAUGUUUUAUGUCUCCUUCUGGAAACUUCAAGCUCUAACACUUAUCUUCAGAAACAAGAAAUUAAGAGUUACUUGUCAGUCAUUUCUACUGAACUGUUUCAAAAAGAAAAUGUGA